AUGGAUAGGCCAAUGGUACGUUUUGCCUUGUUUGCGUUGUUUUCCUGGGGCUUGGCCACGCCACCGGCGUGCUUUUUGAGUUGCGUUUCUGAAGUCACCCGCGACUUCCCCGGCCAUUUGAAAGAUGUUACCCGUGUUUGUCAAAAGGAAGACGCGAUUGUUGGAUGUCUAGUUGAUAUAUGCCCCUUUGGCAAUUUCCAAAGUGCAAGGGACCAUUACAUAGGCACAUGUUUGGAGCAUGGAAGACCCACGGUGACAAACCCAUAUCCGCCGCCGGCCGCGUGGCCUCCCGAAGACUAUGAGGAAAAAGCGCCAAAAGUGCACAAGCCGGCGCAGCAUAUUAAAUCGCAAGCUUUGCAUUCUCAUUCUUCUCCUCCUGGCGAGGAGUCCCACAUUUCCGCUCCGCUGACGGAAAAGGCAGUUGCAUCUGAGCAAUGGGGCAAAGACCACCACGCAACCAAGCCAGCAUCUAGUGCCAGUGGUGACCCAGGGGAAGAAUUUGUCGAGUAUAGCGAAGCCGAACCGGAAGAAGGACUCGCCUAUGAUCCAAACUAUCCCAUAACAUGGGAGGAUACCAACGGCGUAGAUGAAGAUGGCGAUUUUUACAUUCUCAGAAGACCGGUAAAUGUGCCCUUGGAACUCAGAGAUCCAGCCAGCGCCGGGAAAACCACGCGAGUCCAGGUCAGGUCAAAACCGAAAUCCACAACAAAGAAUGAACGUGACGGCAAACGUGAAGACAAACACGAAGAUAAAUCCCUCGAGUUGGACCCGAAAACAAAAGUUUCUAUCCAAAACUCACAUGACCCCAGCCAAGACCGCUACCACCACUCAUUCCCCGGUUACAAAUCCUCAGAAGCAAAAGGAACCUAUGGUGUCCCCAAAGAUGAGGUCGAAGCCGCGGGCUUGUUUUCACGUAAGCGGAGAUUGAGCUUGAAAGGCGGCGUCAGUAUAAAGAAGCCCAAAUAUAAAAAGUUUUUGCAAAAAAUUCCCUUGUAUGAAUACGACAACGGCGGAUCCGAAUAA